AUGGAUGGGUUACAGAGGUCAGAAACAUCAUUCAGGAGACAAGGCUCCUCAGGGUUGGUGUGGGAUGACAAGUCAAUCGGUGGUCUCAGAGACAAAGACAAGAACGAGAACCAACAAGAAAAUGAAAGGCAGGGAUCAAUUGCCACGUUGGAGAGAAGCAGAUCAACCGGAGCACGCCCAUAUCGGACGGUCAACGUUGCACCAUCAUCCAAGGACCCACCUUCUCCCAAGGUAGCAACCUGUGGCUUUUGUGGUUUCUUUGGUAAACCAGUUGCUGCCAAGUCUAAAAAACGUAGGUGA